CAAAACUGGCAACCCUGCCCCAACUGCCAAAGUCCUAUUUUGUCAUUGGGUGGAUGUGACAGAGAGAGGGAGCCAAGAGAGAAAUAACACAGAGAGAGAAAGCGGGAGACGAUGCCAGUGGUAGAGUGAAAGACUUAAAGCAGCUUGUGAAUUUUCUGAGUUGUCAUGGGCCCUUGGGGGUCGAACAAGUGGCACCGCUGAUUCACAGAGGACAGGACAGAAGAGACAAGAGGAAACAACAACGACGAGAAAUGAGCACAAGUGACGAGAAGUAACUAAGGACAACAAAGCUUUUAAAAGUAACAGCUCAAGAGAGUGAGGGGCACACCGGGGCCAGCGUGUCCCCUCCACGCAGGCGACAAGAUCACCCCCGAUCCUUCAGUCCACCGUCCGUUCAUCCAGCCACCCUGUCAAGAAGGAGGGGAGACAUGAAGAGACCUCACGACUACAGCUCCCCGGACUCGGACACAGACGAGUUCAUUGACGUGGGACAAGAAGACAGCUUUUGCCCAGUCACCGGGUCCAUGUCUCCUGGCAGUGCCUCGCAGAUUCUGGCCCGAAAGAAGAGGAGAGGGAUCAUAGAGAAGAGGCGCAGAGACCGGAUCAACCACAGCCUGUCAGAGCUGCGCAGGCUCGUCCCCAGUGCCUUUGAGAAACAGGGUUCAUCUAAGCUCGAGAAAGCAGAGAUCCUGCAGAUGACAGUGGACCACCUCAAACUGCUGCAUGCCAUGGGAGGAAAAGGAUACUUUGAUGCGAGGGCCCUGGCAGUCGACUACAGGACGCUGGGUUUUAGAGAGUGUGUCGGGGAGGUGGUGCGGUACCUCAGCUCCCUCGAGGGAGAGUCCCAGGACCCUAUAGGAGCCCGCCUGGUCUCCCACCUCUCCCACUGUGCAAGUGAGCUCGACCCUCUCCUCUCCUUACAGUCACCCCCGGCCUCCGCCUUACACUUCCCUCCCUGGCAGUGGGCGUCCUUCCCUCAGAUCGCCGCCACCUCGCCAGCGUCCUCCUCAACUCCUUUCUCCGCUGGGCGAAGAGACCUUGCCCUGCUUGGGAGCUACCCAUCACCCGCCUCCCUCCGCCUCGCCCCCAUGGCCGGCUGCCAACAGGGUGUACCACCGCUCCUCGCGCCAGCAGCUCUGGCCUCCGUCCACAGGAUGCCCUCCCUCGCGGCGUCCCCAGCCCUAGCCCCCUCUAGACCGACCCAGCCAUCCCCACACUGCGCUACCAGGGCCUCGCCUCUUCCUCUCCCCACCCCUUCCUCUUCCUCAACCUCCUCUUCUACUCCAUCAUCCUCUGCUCAACCGCAAGUGUCUUUCAGACCCUUUGCACCUCUGGGGUCUCCCACAGCACAGCGGAGGGGCUUGAGCGGAUCAGCCAAGGUGGCCCAGGCAUGGGGGACUGAGAUCGGAGCUUUCUGAGGCCCACCUCCAGUUUGUUAUUUUCCAAAUGAACUCUGUACAGUGGACAUGGAGCUCCCAAGUGCACCAUGUAGCAAAUACGAUGAAUUUGGAGAAAGAAGCAUUGGACCUUUGUUUAUUGUCUCCAACUUUAAGGGACUCUAAAAGCCAUAUUAGACUAUGGGUGAAGUAUUAGAUAAUGACAAACAUUUAUAUUCAAUAAAAGAAUGGGGGAAUGUGAAGGAAUAGAGCAUUCGAAUAAAUAGACACAUUAAUAUCCAACAGAGCCAUAUAUAUAGAAAAUGCUCAACAGGGUGAUGUUGAGUUUUCACUGAUCUAUUAACUCUGAUACUUGUUUGCCUUUUACAACUCUGAUGAAUGUCUGACAAAAAUCUCUAUAAAGUGAAGUGCCUUCAACUCUG